AAUUUAAGUCAUUUGAGUGUCCAUGUUACAAGGCUGGCUUCUGUAUCAAACAACUCGUCUUUAUGUAUAAACAUUUUAUAGCAGAGAUAGGCGAUAUACAAGUAGAAGCAGCUAGCAGUGAAAUAGAUUAACAGUUCAUUUCGUUGUACAAUAUUUUGGAGUUUGAAACUGAGGAAGAGCUCGAGUUGGAUCCAUCUGGGCAGACAAAGAACCAGUACAGUGGCCGCCGUGUCGAAGUUCUGUCUAAUCUCCAAAAGACUCAUCGCCACGAUCUCUAGCCGGCCGUCCUGCUGCUUCAUUCUUUGUUUAUUAUUAUAAUGAUCACAUACAAGACUCUCUCCACGUUCUUGACAUUUUCAAUUACUUCCUCCUCAUGCUUUCGCUUUCGUUAGUCUAACUACCAAACUACAUUUUGUCAUCUUCUUCUCUUAAACAUACAUUUUCCUUAUACCCUCUCGUAGUGUUAGUAGUCUCAGAUAUUUAAAAGCCAUUGAAUUUUCUGGUUUUAUUUUAAUCAAUCAUUUGCAUGAACUUGGUCCUACUAUGAGUUGUUCUUGGUCUGGUACUUGGGACCUACAGAAUGAGCAAUGAUUAGGAGUUAACAAUUCAAUUCUGUUUAGCAUCAUCACUAACAUUCUUUGGAGGGAUUGGGUAUAUAUAUAUGUUAGUUUUUGUGUUUGUCUUCAAGCAAUACACAGAAGCACAUUUUCCUUCUCUAAGCCUUCUAACUGUUCGUAGAAAAGUCACAAUGGAGUCUGUAGGUGCUUUUCCUGAUGGAGAAUGGGAAUUCUUUACCAAAAUGUUCUCCUCAGAAGAUCUUUGUGAAGAUUUCACGUCACAGUUUCUCGGUCAUUGUUCGAAUUUUAUCGAGCAUGAUAAGGAACUGAACUUGACGACCCCGUUAAGUUUUUGCCCCACAACUACAGAUGCUGAUGUGAGUGUGGGUGAUGCUAAUGAGAGUUUGUUCUAUUUUUGCAAUAUUCUUUACUCCAAUUUUCAGAGUGUUGGUCAGAGCAGUAUUCCCAAUUCAAGUAAUGAAACCUUUCUUCUUGGGGAUUCCAUUACAUCGGCUACUAAUGAUGUUUUGAUGUCCACGAAUGCCUGUUUCAUGGAUGAGGAAAAAAUGGUCUUCUCAUUCCCUGACAUGGUAAUUGAAGAAACAUCUUAUGACAAUGAAGAUAUGAGUAUGCAUAUGGAUGGUAGUGACCCUGCAGCUAUUGCCGUUUCGGUCGAGGCAUUGCAACUCAAGAGAAAAAUUGAUGCAGAUUUGCACAUUAAUGCAGGAAACAAUUUCAACACAAAUUUGCACGAGAACCUGCAGAAAAAGCCACGAGUAUCAAGAGAUGUGCAGAAGAAUAGGAGGAAUGUAAGGUCCAAGAAGAACCAGAACCCCUCACCAAAUAACAAGGAUGAAUUAGACAGCAAUUCUGGAACUAGCUACAAUUCUGAGGAUGAUAAUGCUUCUCAGGAGUCCAAUGAAGGGAUGAAUUCCGAGGCGAAAGAAUCAAAAGCUCCCAAUUCUAGCGGGAGAAAAAGGGCCAGUAGAGGGUCAGCAACAGAUCCUCAAAGCCUUUAUGCAAGGAAAAGGAGAGAGAAAAUUAACGAGCGACUGAGAAUUUUACAGAACCUCGUUCCUAACGGAACAAAGGUCGACAUUAGCACAAUGCUUGAAGAGGCAGUCCAGUAUGUCAAGUUCUUGCAGGUCCAAAUCAAGCUCUUGAGCCAUGAUGAUCUAUGGAUGUAUGCACCUAUUGCUUAUAAUGGCCUUGAUAUUGGACUCAAUCAGAAGUUGUCUUCGCUUCUAUGAUAUCGGAUGGAGCAACAUGACAUUUUUUCGGAAUUUGUUUUUUCAACAGAUAAAAAGAAAAGGAUAAUAUAUAUAUAGGUAAUAGAUAUGUACAACUUGUAAUGACUGGUUAAGUUGAAUAAAGUUCCUUUUUCAAUCACCAAGUGCAGUACUUGAUAUAUAAUCGUAUGAUUCUUAUUUCUUACAUUCCCUAUUAAGUAGCCACUGCAACUGCUCGGAGGCAGUCAAGUGGUUCCCGUUCCCGUUCCCGUUCCCCCCGAUGAUCUUCCCGGUGACUGAACUUAACGAUGUAAUGACUCAAUUUUACUGUCAGAAAUUUAUGGUGUAAUUGACUGAACAGAGUUGCAGCGUGUAGAACAACGAAUGGCUCUAAUACCAUGCGAAAUUUUCAAACAAGAUGUGCGAGACUUUCUUGAAGAACAAAAACUGUUUUUUGGAUCUUGCCUGUGCCUCGCCAUCUUGUAUGAAAUAUUCACAUUAGUAAAAUCGA